AAUCAGAAACCUGAAAGGCUUCUAGUUUGCGCGGCUUCUCGGCUGUACUCCCUCCUGCGAAGGCGAGACUCUGUAUAAAUACAGAACCUUCGCCAAACCCCCACAGAUGGGGUGAUCUCUCUCUGUGUCUGCGUACGAGACAGCCUUCCGCCAUGGAAUGUCUCGACAUCUCCGCCGUCUCCUCUCCUGAAGCCCCGCCCGUCCGACCCCGGCUUCGCCCGGAAACCCCAUCCCCAGAUAGUAGAGAGAAACCAACCUACAUUAGGUUCCUUGUCUCAAAUAUUGCGGCUGGAUGCAUCAUUGGAAAGGGUGGCUCAACAAUCACAGAAUUUCAGUCACAGUCUGGAGCUCGUAUUCAGUUAUCACGUAAUCAUGAAUUCUAUCCAGGAACAACAGAUAGGAUAAUCAUGGUUUCUGGUGUCACUAGUGAAAUAAUAAAAGCAAUGGAACUUAUCCUUGAGAAACUGCUGACAGAGGCUGAAGAGAGUAAUGAUGCUGAAAGUAAAUCCAAAGUGAGGCUCAUUGUGCCACAUAGCUCUUGUGGUGGCAUAAUUGGGAAAUCCGGAUCUACCAUAAAGUCAUUUGUUGAAGACUCGGGGGCAGGCAUCAAGAUAUCACCUCAGGAUAAUAAUCAUGUUGGGUUGAAUGAUAGACUCGCUACAAUAACAGGGUCUCUGGAGGAACAAAUUCAUGCAAUAUUUUUGAUUUUGUCAAGGUUAACUGAAGAUACUCAUUAUUCACAGUCCAUAAUCACUCCAUAUCCAUAUGCAGGUUUCAACGUUGCUGGUGCUCAUGGUAUUCCAAUUGGAUGCAUGAUUCCUUCGGUGGCAUGCAACCCAAUAAGUGGAAUGAAUGGCUAUGGAGGAAAAUUCCCAAACAAUAAGGUUAUGACAUCAACUUUUGUCUCUACAAGGUCAUCUGCUGGGACCUCUGGAAGCCGAGGCAACUCUUUGAUGAUUGGUGUUGCAGAUGAGCAUAUUGGAGCUGUUGUUGGUCGUGGAGGAAGGAACAUAAUGGAGAUCAGCCAGGUUAGCGGAGCAAGGAUUAAAGUAUCAGAUAGAGGUGAUUUCAUUUCUGGUACAUUUGAGAGGAAGGUCACAAUAACGGGUUCCUGGGGAGCAAUCAAUGCAGCUGAAUCGAUGAUCAUGCACAAGAUAUCAUCAAUUUCUGCAAGAUGAUAGCUUUUCAUUUGUGACUUGAGGAUCUUUUUGCGGUAUUCUCAUGGAUAACUGUUGUUGCUAAGAUCUGUACUUAUGAUAACAAGGAAGGACAAUGUAUAUGUUGUCGAGGGCUGAGGAAAUGAGGCUCUUUCCGAACUUGGAUGGGCAGGAUAAUGUAACCAUUUUACUUGACUGUUGCUAGAUUCUACUGUAUGCAACAUUGAGUUUUUCAGAUCAAGUGGGCUCUGCAUCUAGUAUUUUUAUCAAGUUCA